AUGAUGACGAUCGUCAUGCUCCAAGUUGCAUUGGCACAACCAAAGCCGUAUCAAACUUCGAAACUGUCCCAAGAAAAUGGGAUGUACUUUGAAAAUCAGGGACCACUUCGAUUAACAAAUUCUGAUUGGAAAUUGAUAAUAUAUGUAAAAUUAGAUAACUUUAAUCAACGUACAAAGGAAACUAUGUAUUUUUACGAUAAAACUAUAAAAUUAUGUGACGAUUUAACAAUAGUAUACGAAGGCAUGUUUAAAACACUUUGUGAAAAUUUUAAGAUUGCGUCCAUCAGCCUUGAACAGGAAGUGACGCAGAAACAUAUGAUAAACAAAUCGAGGAAUUACAAACUAGUCGAAAUAAUUUAUUAA